CUUGACCUGAUGUACAUCAGAAUUCUGACACAUACUGUUUUGAGACUGUCCAUCUGAGUCUGAAAAAUGAGAGCACUGAUCAUCUUCCUCCUCCUGACCACAAGCUUCUUUCAAAUCUCACAAUCUGUGCAGGUUACGGACAGUGGGUACAGUUUCUCCCUGGAGGCAGUGAAGACCCUGCAAAAGCUUAUGGAGACUGACAUGAGUACAAACCCACUACAGACCUAUGGCGACGCAACGUCCCUUUGUGCCAACCCUGACCUGCCGGGAGAGUUAAGGGUGCUGUGCGGAAAAGAUGAUGCUGACGAAGCCUUCCAACGUCUUGUUAAAAUCAUCAGUCCUACAGAUCCCUGUGAGAUCUGCGCCAACGUGGCCUGCACUGGCUGUUAGAGCGGACACACUCCCAGCAUCCCAGAGUUCAUUUCUACCUUUGUGCCAUCAUAUGUACCUAAACCUACAGAAGAGCAGGUGAAAUAUAACAGGGAAGUUGGUUUUCAAUGAAGAUACUGCCACCUAGUGAAUCUAAACACGAUUUAUAUUACAUUUACAUUAGAAAAUGAUACAUUUCUAUGCAUGCAGAGUGUAAAAUCUGGGUUGUAGCCAGUAUUGUGCACCUCCUGACUAUAUUGUCUUUUUAGACCAGAUGAAGGCCUGUGUUUAAUUACUAUUUCUGAAUGGAAACUUUUUCCAUACUGAAUACCCUUUUCGCUCUCUGAAAAAGCCUCUGAUUAUGUACAAGGAUUGCACAGAUUAUCCUUUGCGAACACAUAGGGAGAGAUCUGUUGUUGUUAACUGUGGUUAAAGUUAUUAAUGAGAUUGUACAAUCAUUAUAAGGUGCAUUACAAGGCAUAAUAAUUGCAUUAAAACUACUUUUAUGAUGCUUUAUACAUAAGGACUUUAAGUAAAGUGUUAGAGAAUAAUUUUCUGGAAAGUUUUCUGGAUUAAGUGGAAUAGCUGUUUAACUAUGGCAUAUUAUAGCACUUUGAAUUUAGCAUAUAUCAAAAAGUAAUCUUUAAAAACAAAGUGUCUAAAAUGUUAUCUCCUUUGUAAACAUUUUAACAGUUGCAACAAUGUUAAUAAAAUACUUGAAUAAUAAAAAAAAUUAACAUUACACUUUUAAUAAUAUGUCCUAUGUUCAUUUCAUUUCAAUGUCAGUCUAACGUUUAUAAUAAUUAUCAUCAUCAUCAGACUCAAUGUAUUUACCUUUCUCUUACACUAGAGGACAGCACUGACCUAAAUUAUUUUUGGUCUUUUAUUGCUGUCCAGCUCUUGUGGAAUAUCAUAAACAUGUGUUGUGUCACUAUGGGAAUUUUGGGUACAUUUCAUUUCUACCAAGUGCCUAUUUAUUUAUUUAUUUAUGCAUAGCAACUAAAUAUCUUAGACUGUAGGUAAUGAACUCAUAACCCCAGCCAGGACAGAAAUUCUUCAGCUCUUUAGUAAUGUUAGCUAAAUGUGUACUUGAAGAACAGAUGUAUUAUAUUUGUUUUCAAAUCUCAUGAUCUCGGUGUUUAUUGAAACACAUUUGCAUAAACAGCCUCCCCCAAACAAUUCAUGAUGCACUAAUAAGAAUCGUGCUGAAAAACAGUUUGUUCAAAGUUGUGCAUGACUAAAUGUACUGACUAGGAGUGCUUUGACAACUUAUAAUUUGUGCAGUUUACAGCUCAGUUGAUCAGAUCGUAAGAAUUAAGCAUGUUUCCUGUCCAAAAGCAUCAAUCAUCAAGCCAUUUUUUCGCUUCACAAGCACAAAAUGAGUGUGAAUAAGGCAACCCCACUCAGAAUACUAACAGCUAAAGAGUUGUUCUGAGAGCCAGUUACGUAAGGAUUUCAAAGUGUUGUUUUCACAGGGAGCAGGGACCACCCUGUCUGUAUUUUAUUGUAACAUUUUUUUAAUUUGGUUUCCAUAUUCAACAGAUCUCUCCCUCUGUGUUCGCAAAGGAUAAUCUGUGCAAUCCUUGUACAUAAUCAGAGGAUUUUUCAGAAAGAGAAAAAGGUAUUCAGUAUGGAAAAAGUUGGACAACAUUUUUUAAAGAAACAGCAAUUAACAAGUUGAAUAAAUCAUUAAGUUUUAAAGUAAAACACUGUAAUAGUAUUUUCUUGUAGAAUGUACUCCAUCGCUCUUUGAAAACAAAGAGAUUAUCUACAAUGUUGAGAUGUUAUCCUAGAUAAAUGUACAGAGGGAGUUUCUGGAUGAGAAAUGUAUAAAGGAUAUCCUAUGUCCCAAUACACAAUGAUGGACCGUAAACCCAACCAUCUCAGUGGGUGGCGUAUUCUGGAAAGGUCCCUAAGCUUGACCUGCUGUGAUCUUGGAAUAAUCUAACCCAGAACAACAUACGCAUGUAAACAAACAAAGAAAAUGAACUUUUCAUGGCAAAAUAAUAAAUAAAUGAAAUUAAACAAACAUGCGGUUACUUAAAUCUGACAACUGAAUUCCAAGAAAUGUUUUUUUGUUUUUUUCAUCUAUUCUCAUCCCCCCACGCAUGAUGAAAUCUAAUUGGUUCUACAUUUCCGUUCACAUAGUGGUACCAGAGAUGGUUUUAUCAAUUGGAGAUACCAGGGUCCGUGUCUCGGCCACUGGGAAAAGCGUAAUGGCCAACUUUGAUCACAUGUGCCUUGAUAACCAGGCACCUUACAAUCUUGACAUCACUUAGUUGUGCAACAGUCAAUAACUGUUUACAGAUAUGGAAAUGAAUGAGAAGUGCAGUAAACUGAAUUCAACCUGUCACAAAAUCCGUUAUAGGCUACUGCUGAACCAAACUGACCCUUAUUUUCUGCCAAGUAUACU